AUGGCGGGUUUGACUGUGCGAGACCCUGCGGUGGAUCGUUCUCUGCGUUCUGUGUUUGUGGGGAACAUUCCUUAUGAAGCUACUGAAGAGCAAUUGAAGGACAUCUUUUCUGAGGUUGGACCUGUUGUUAGUUUCAGAUUGGUAUAUGAUAGGGAGACAGGAAAGCCAAAGGGUUAUGGCUUCUGUGAAUACCAAGACCAAGAAACUGCACUUAGUGCUAUGCGGAACCUGAAUGGGCGUGAAUUCAGUGGAAGAGCACUUCGAGUGGACAAUGCUGCCAGUGAAAAGAACAAAGAGGAGCUGAAGAGCCUUGGCACUGGUGCCCCUGUCAUUGAGUCGCCUUAUGGAGAGACUAUCAGUCCUGAAGAUGCCCCUGAGUCCAUUAGCAAAGCAGUUGCCAGUCUUCCACCAGAGCAGAUGUUUGAGCUGAUGAAACAAAUGAAGCUCUGUGUCCAGAAUAGUCCCCAGGAAGCAAGGAACAUGUUGCUUCAGAACCCUCAACUGGCUUAUGCUUUGCUACAAGCACAGGUAGUGAUGAGAAUUGUGGAUCCAGAGAUUGCCCUGAAAAUUCUGCAUCGCCAAACAAAUAUUCCAACGCUGAUUGCAGGCAACCCUCAGCCCGUCCAUGGUGCUGGGCCUGGCUCAGGAUCCAAUGUCUCAAUGAAUCAGCAGAAUCCUCAGGCCCCACAGGCCCAGUCUUUGGGUGCAAUACAUGUCAAUGGUGCACCUCCUCUGAUGCAAGCUUCUAUUCAGGGUGGAGUUCCAGCACCAGGGCAGCUACCAGCCACUGUCACAGGACCUGGCCCUGGUUCCUUAGCUCCUGGAGGGGGAAUGCAGACCCAGGUUGGAAUGCCAGGAAGUGGACCAGUGUCCAUGGAACGAGGACAAGGAACCCUACAGCACUCUCCCGUGGGACCCGCCGGGCCUGCAUCAAUUGAGCGAGUUCAAGUGCCGAUGCAAGACCCCAGAGCAGCUAUGCAGCGGGGAUCCUUGCCUGCCAACAUCCCAACUCCUCGAGGUCUGUUAGGUGACGCUCCGAAUGACCCACGGGGAGGCACUUUACUUUCUGUAACUGGAGAGGUAGAGCCUAGAGGUUACCUGGGACCACCUCAUCAGGGUCCUCCCAUGCACCAUGUACCUGGCCACGAGAGCCGUGGACCACCCCCACUUGAGAUGAGGGGAGGGCCAUUAGCUGAGCCCAGACCUCUAAUGGCAGAGCCAAGAGGACCCAUGCUAGAUCAGAGGGGUCCACCCUUGGAUGGCAGAGGUGGAAGGGAUCCCCGAGGAAUAGAUGCACGAGGGAUGGAGGCCCGAGCCAUGGAGGCAAGAGGAUUAGAUGCCAGAGGAUUGGAGGCCCGUACAAUGGAAGCCCGCGCAAUGGAGGCCCGUGCGAUGGAAGCCCGCGCGAUGGAAGCCCGCGCGAUGGAGGCUCGAGUGAUGGAAGUCCGAGGAAUGGAAGCCAGAGGCAUGGAUACCAGGGGCCCAGUGCCUGGCCCUAGAGGACCUAUACCUAGCGGAAUCCAGGGUCCCAGUCCAAUUAACAUGGGGGCAGUUGUUGGCCCCCAGGGAUCCAGACAGGUCCCAGUCAUGCAGGGAACAGCCAUGCAAGGAACAAGCAUGCAGGGUGGAAGCCAGCCUGGUGGCUUUAGUCCUGGGCAGAACCAAGUCACUCCACAGGAUCACGAGAAGGCUGCUUUGAUUAUGCAGGUUCUUCAACUGACUGCAGACCAGAUUGCCAUGCUGCCUCCUGAACAAAGGCAGAGUAUCCUGAUCUUAAAGGAACAAAUACAGAAAUCCACUGGAGCACCUUGAAAGGUUUUCAAAAAUACCUGGCAACAAGUCUAGAAAUUAGUUCCAAAACUUUGUUGAAAUGUUGAAAAAAAGAUGACUUCUGCAUCCUAACCCUGGAAUGACUCAAAUUGGCGCCAGGUGGAGGACUCCUAUCACCUUCUCUCAGAACAAAAUCAGUUCAUUUUGUUGUCUUAGUUUGUAUAUUUUCUGUGACUUGAAAUAAACUUUGAACACAAUUUUA